GCAGUGACGUCAUGAUCAACAGGAAGGUCCGACCAGCUUUGUUUAUUAACUUGUCGCUCGCGUUCACUUCUUAUUUUUUUGAAGUGUGUAAACUUAUAUAUGGCUUUAAUGACAUGAUUUGAAGUCUGUUAACUUAUAUAUGCCUUUUAUGACAUGACUUCAGCAAAAAGAGAAUGAAAUAUGAUUGCGCGCUGACUUUAUAACGGACGCGAUCGCGAGCGGCUCUUGAAACUAAGCAGUGACUGUAACGUUAAUGUAUGUGGGGGCGGCGGAAAGCAUCGGGAGGAAUCAGCUGAUUAUUUGACUCGCUGAACACAUGAUUCGUCUAGAUCUCUGUAGUGUCUAUUCCAGUCAUAUGCAUUCUAAACCAAACCACAGCGGUAGAACUGCAAAGAGCUUAACUCCGCUUUUAUCUGUAACGCUACUUGUCUCUGUGUCAAACUCCAUUGGAGUGUAAUGUAAGAGGUUAGUGUCCGUUCAAGAUGCCGUGCACAUGCGGGAACUGGAGGAGGUGGAUUCGGCCUCUCGUGGUGCUGCUGUACAUUCUGCUCCUUCUGGUUGUCCUUCCACUCUGUAUAUGGGAACUACAAAAAUCAGGGGUUAGUAUUCAAAAUAAGGCAUGGUUCAUCGCUGGGUUAUUCGUGUUCAUGACUAUACCCAUCUCACUGUGGGGGAUACUGCAGCAUCUAGUACACUACACCCAACCUGAGCUACAAAAACCCAUUAUCAGAAUAUUAUGGAUGGUUCCUAUAUACAGCCUGGAUAGUUGGAUUGCAUUGAAGUACCCCAGCAUUGCCAUCUAUGUAGACACAUGUAGAGAGUGUUAUGAGGCCUAUGUUAUCUACAACUUCAUGAUCUUCCUUCUCAACUAUCUGGGGAACCAGUAUCCCAGUCUGGUGCUGAUGCUGGAGGUGCAGGAGCAACAAAAACAUCUCCCUCCUCUUUGCUGCUGCCCACCGUGGCCCAUGGGAGAAGUGCUUUUGCUGAGAUGCAAACUGGGAGUUCUCCAGUACACAGUUGUGAGACCUGUCACCACAAUCAUUGCUUUGAUUUGUCAGCUUUGCGGUGUCUAUGAUGAAGGCAACUUCAGUUCAAAAAAUGCCUGGACAUAUCUGGUUAUUGUCAACAAUCUCUCUCAGCUCUUUGCCAUGUACUGUCUUGUGCUGUUUUACAAGGCUCUGAGAGAAGAGCUGAGUCCCAUAAAACCUGUGGGCAAAUUCCUCUGUGUCAAACUGGUGGUUUUUGUGUCAUUCUGGCAAGCUGUGGUCAUUGCACUUUUAGUGAAGGUUGGUGUGAUCUCAGAAUCUCACACCUGGGAGUGGGAUAGUGUGGAGGCUGUAGCCACUGGAUUGCAGGACUUCAUCAUCUGUGUGGAAAUGUUUUUGGCAGCCAUUGCCCAUCACUUCAGUUUCACUUACAAACCCUACAUACAGGAAGCAGAGGAAGGUUCCUGCUUUGAUUCCUUCCUGGCCAUGUGGGAUAUCUCAGACAUACGGGCUGACAUCUCAGAACAAGUGCGCAAUGUCGGGAGAACUGUCAUGGGUCGGCCAAGGAAAACAUAUUUUGGUGAAGAGGUUUGCCAGGACGAGAACACGGGACUGCUGUCAGGUGGAGCUCAGGAUCCAGUUGAAUCGUCUUCCACCCCUCCAUCCCCCAAGGGCUGUUACCAGGGCAUGGGUCACACUGUAACCCCUCACUCCAUCUCUGCUCCUGCAAACCUUGGCUGCAUACCAUGGGAAGGAGAUGUGGAUGACAUCCCGCCAACUGUGAUAUCUGGCGAUUGUACAGAGCAAGAGUGUUCAGACUAUCCGGAGAUUACUUAGCAUCAGCUACCAACGCUUUUAUAUUCAAAGCACAUCAAUCAAUCUAGCUACCGUUAACUCUGCUAACUACUGGAUAGCUGUGGCUAAUAUGUGUUCAGAGAGGCUCGGUGAAGCUUUGGUAGCAAGAGCGUAUAUAAAGGACUUGGUUGGUCCGCUGUUUUUAUCUCCGUUUUGCAAUUAUUUUGCUGGAAACAUGACCAUAUUAUAAACUGACCUUAAAGUCAAGCACAGUAAUUCCCCAAUACCAGUUUUAAAAUGUAAUAAUCAGUUAACGGUUCUUUUAAGACAGCUUUAUGAAUGUUUACUCUAAGAAACACUAUGUAUUUAUAAUGCUACUUCACAAUUUCGUUGACUUUCUCCUGGAUUUGGGUAGCAAGUAAUUUUUACACCUUUUUUAUCAUUAGUGUUACUUUCACUAAAUAAUUUGAUGUUAAUGCAAAUACUUUUACUUUU